GAACUGUGUGUCAAUAAACACGGAGGAAAACAUUGUAAUCAAAAAUGUAGAGAAUUAUGGGCCUGAGUAUGCAUGCGACAUUAGAGGGACAGCAGGCGGUCUGCAGAGCCCGACGUUUUUCCCCACAGAGUUAGAAAUAUGUGACAUUAACAUGGCAUCUCUGUGCGCCACAGAGGAAUCCCUUCGAUACACUUUAGAUAGUGAAGAUGAGGAUUAUUAUGAUAAUGAAAUCCUGCCUUUUUAUGAAACUAUCAGAGCAAAAAGUGAUGUUGAUAGAGCAGAGGUUGCAGAGCUGCCACGGCCUGGUCAAGAUAAAAGACAGCUUGAUGACGGGUACAGUGCCCAGGAAACAGACAGGCUUAGGAACCAGCUGAAAGAAGCUUAUUAUCUUCUUAUCAAUGCUAUGAAUGAUAUCAACCUGGAUGUCCAACAGUUUAGUGGUGGUUUAACUGAGCUGCAGGCCCCCUCAUCCUGUAGUAGCCACUCCAGGGACAGCUUGUGCUCAAGGUUGUCUGCCAAGAACAUGGACAGUGACUCCUGGUCCUCAGGAGGGGACCACAGCCCUCAGCAGGUGUCUGACACUGACUCACUCCUGCUCUGCCUCAGUGGGAACCUUGAGUCAGGCUUCAAAGGCAGGCUGAAUAGUAAGAGUAUGGAAAACCUGUCCUUGACCAAGAUAAGACCCACAUUACAUCGCUCUGCUAGUGACGGAGCUAUCGGGUAUCCAGGUGGACACUCCCUCUGUAUCCAGGCCCCUGGGACGCAGAGUCCAGACAUCAGUGGCGAUAAAGGGGCCACAGAUCGAGGGGUUAAAGCCACAGGAGUGGGUGAGCUGUCAGAACCUCAGGUGCUUUACGGUGCUGUCAGCAGCGAUGAGCUGCUACAAGAUGCUGGCGGUGAUGAAGACCACGGCGGGCAGCUCAAUGACAGCAGCGGCUCAGUCAACAGCCUCACGGGUUCGACAGACAGCAACGCUGAUGCAUCAACAAAUCAGGGUCACGAAAACAAGCAGGAGCUGACUCAUGUCCGAGCACAGAGGGCCAACUCUGUCAACAAGGGGCACGGCGUCACUGUCAACAAGAUGCAAGAGUGGAUGCACAAGGGGCGUUUGCUGUCCUCCGAGAUGAAGCAGCGCAUCGAGGGCUCGUCUUUACCGCGUGGCGCACGCCAAAGCCAGGACCGGUCCUGUCCUCAGGGUAACUACGGUGUGUGUAAACCAGGGGUCCAGACAUCCAGCCGUGGGGUUACAUCUGCCAAGGCCAAGUCACCACGGCAGCAGCAGCAGCAGCAGCCAGCUUUCAUUGAGAAUGUCCAAACCCCCUGUGCUAAUGGCCGGGAGGUGGGCAGGGCCAGCGAGUCUUUGUCAUGGCGGCCACCGCUCACCACCAUCACUGUCUCUAAGAAGCGCAACUGGCUGCAGCAAAGCUCCAUUGGGAAGAGUAAUCACGGCACCAAGGACGAGCUGCAGGGAAUGCUGGGAGCUGAGGAGGAGGGCUCCCACCAGUCCCCACCUCCUCCCAGUCCCUCUCCAGACCACCUGAGACCCUCUGGGGGAGCUCCAUCACGGCCGGCUCGCCUGCACCUGCCUCAGGUUAAUGCCAGUCAGGCCAAGGUGUCUCCUCACCCUCGUAGCGUGGACCCAGCUGAGGAGAAUGACGCAGAUGAUGAAGGAGAGAUCUGGUACAACCCGAUCCCUGAGGACGAUGAACUGGAGAUGGCUCACCGACCCUCCGUUCGGCUGCUGGUUCCCCCUCGAGCAGAGUCCCAGAGGAGGCCCAGCAGGGGAGGGGACGCAGGUCACGGUGGCAGGAACCUGGGGGGCGUCGGCGUUGGGCCGGAGGCGCUCGGGGAAAGCCUCGGUGGCGGUUUAGGAGAAGGGAGUCAGGGGAAUGCUGUACAUUCCACAGAGGUACUACAUCUGCACAGACAGAUGCUCGCGUGCAAACCUCAGGAGGAGGGGGGGCCUUCCACCAGCAGAGCCACAGAUGGUCCUGACCUGCCCAAUGCCGUCGGCUCCCCUCCCUCCAGCCCAAACCCAGCCAAGAAGAGCAGCUCCAUCAACUGGUCCUUUCCAGACAAGAUUAAGUCCCCGCGCACCGUAAGGAAGAUCUCCAUGAAGAUGAAGAAGCUUCCAGAGCUUAGCCGGAAACUCAGUGUCAAGGGGACCCCGAGUAGCAGUAACAGCAACAACGGCAACGGAAGCAGUCAUUUAGAGCCCAGAGCCCAUUCUCCCCGAAAUAACGUAAGCGGGUCGGAGGCUGCUAGCCGUAACGUCAUCUCACGCUACCACCUGGACAGCAGUGUGUCCACACAGCACAGCUUCAGCAAGAAGAAAAGCAACGGCAGCUCAAAGUCUGCCAGUAAAGGUGGGUACCUCAGUGAUGGUGACUCACCUGAGCUGGUGGCCAAAUCUGGGAAACAUGGCUCGUCCGAGGGGAAGGGAGGGAAAGGCAAGGAGACAGAGGGCGGAGGCGGAAACUCUAAACUCAAUGGCACGGACUUAGACAUUGAUGCUUUCCGCCAUUACAGCUUCACAGAGCAGCCCAAGUGUAGCCAGUUUAUCUCGGGACUGAUGAGCCUGCACUUUUAUGGUGCUGAGGACCUCAAACCUCCACGCAUUGACUCUCGAGAUGUCUAUUGCGCCAUUCAAGUGGACUCGGUUAAUAAAGCACGAACCGCUCUCCUCCAAUGCCGAACUACCUUCUUAGAUAUGGACCACACCUUCAACAUUGAGCUGGAGAACGCCCAGCACCUAAAGCUGGUGGUGUUCAGCUGGGAGCCCAUGCCGAGACGCAACCGCGUCUGCUGCCACGGCACGGUGGUACUGCCUGCACUCUUCCGGGUGACGCGUUGCCACCAGCUGGCGGUGAAGCUGGAGCCGCGGGGCCUGAUCUACGUCAAGCUGAGCCUGAUGGAGCAGUGGCAGAACUCCCUCGAUGGUGGGCCAGACGGAGACAGGGUGCCCCAGGUGUUUGGUGUGGAGGCGUGGCGGGUGGUGGAGAGAGAGAACACGGGACUGAUGGUGCCGCUGCUUAUAAGCAAGUGCAUCAAUGAGAUUGAAAAGAGAGGCUGCCAGGUGGUGGGUCUCUACCGUCUGUGUGGCUCUGCAGCCGUGAAGAAGGAGCUACGUGAGGCGUUUGAGAGAGACAGCUACGCCGUGGAGCUGUCUGAAAACGUCUAUCCUGACGUUAACGUCAUCACAGGCGUACUGAAGGACUACCUACGAGAGCUGCCCUACCCUCUGAUCACCAAGAACCUGUACGAGGCAGUGUUGGAGUCCAUGGCCACAAGGCCUUUGCGGAUAGGAGCAGCGGGCUGCGAGAACGACCAGGCUGACUCGGAGCACACCGUCAGCCUGCUGGACAACCUGCCAGAUGUGGAGAGGGUGACACUGCAGAAGCUUCUUGACCACCUGAAGUUGGUAGCGUCCUGCCAGGAAGUGAACAAGAUGACGUGUCAGAACCUGGCGGUGUGUUUUGGCCCGGUGCUGCUCAGCCAGCGUCAGGAGGCGUCCUGCCACACAAACCGAGUCUUCAUUGACUCCGAGGAGCUGGCCAGCGCGCUCCACUUCAAAAAACACAUCGAAGUCCUGCACUACCUGCUGCAGCUCUGGCCUGUUGUGGACCCACAUGGCCGGUCCUCCUCCCAGCCCCCUGCAGCCUCUUUGGCUCCGGCCUCCUCUGACCUUUUGUCAGCUCCUCCCAUAAGGCGGAGAAAAGAGCGCCCCCAGGUCCUGAACCUCUCCGAAGCGGAGAUGGCGGGCGUUCUGCGGCCCAAACCGGGACGCUUGGACAGCCCCAGCAACCGCUACGCCGGCGACUGGAGCGGCUGCGGCGAGAGCUACUUCCCUUGUGAUAUUCUGCUGCCUCCCAGCAAAGAGGAGGCGGACUAUGACGACGUGCCCUCCGAGGAUACAGAGGCGGCUGAGGAGGCCCAGGAGAAGCCUGAGGAUGCAGAGGAAGAUAAGGGGAAGAUGGUGCCGAGCCCUGCGUCUAAUCCUGCUGAGCAGGAGCAACCUCAGAGAGAGGAGGCGGUGAAAGAGGAGGAAGAAGAGGAGGAGGAGGAGGAGGAGGAGGAGAAACAAGUAGAGAGUGAUGGUUCAGGCCAUGGGCAGAAUAUAGAGGACAAGGAGGAGGAGAGGGUGUGCGACCACAUCUUUCCCCCCCGUCUGCCCAAAGAGCACACCUACCAGGCUUACAUGAAGAUCCAGGAUAUCAGCCCCGUGCUGAGCAAUAGGGUCAACCUGAGAGACCUGCAGGAGAGCAUCGACACUCUGAUAGGAAACCUGGAGCGAGAGCUCAACAAGAACAAGGUCAACGUCGGAUACUGACUCCUACUAUAGUGACAUACACACACAUAUCCACUCAUACACUCAUAAGGACUGAUGGGGUUUGGAGAAGACCUUCUUUACCGAUUAAGGUGCUUCAGGAUACAGCCACGGUGUUUCCAUGGAGAUCCUGUGAUGUACGCGCGGUGCUGCUGUAAAAACCUAAAGGAUGAGAAGAUGUGUAACGGGGCACUUCUGGCGUUUGUACCUUACCCAUAGACAUUCCUUUCAUUUUGCCGGCUGUCUUACUUUAUGUUGUUGGUUUGUUUCAGUCCGGUUCUGUGUUCCAUGUUGUUAUUGUUGCUUCUCUUCUUAUUAGAAGAACCCAUUGACCCCUCAGGGGUUUAAAAGGUGCCUUAAUUGUGUGAAGGUGGUACGUCAAGAGGAAAAUCCACCCUGAAAUAAAAUGCAUUCCCUCGUGUGAUUUUGAUAGCGUUGACAACCAACAGGAUAACCUCUAUGAUGUUAUGAAGAGUUGUUUCUACAUCGAAAAACGCUGCACUAUAUUAUGUUUUUGAGCAGGUACGAAUCCACCCUGCGUACUAUGGCGCUCUAUUCAUACAAACUUUUCAGCGGUAAUACUGAUGCCAACAUUUGUGGAGCAAAGUUACUGUUAGACACUUUUUUAACAUUGACCAUUUCCCUACCAAAAUAUACCAGUGCCUCCCCCAUAAGUAUUUUGUUGGCAGGGUUCUGAUGCAACAUUUGGACAUUGGACACUUCCACAUCUAUGCGGUGGUAGGAAAAAAUAAGGCAUGUAUUGGGCCUUUCAACUGUUUCCAACAAAAAUAUGUAAUUAGGGCAUUGCAAUAAUGUGCUAUAGAAAACAAAACCAUGUCAGUUCUACAGUCAAGACACACCAUCUAUCAUUUUUGGCAUUGGAAAAAAUACGUGCCGGUACUUUAUUGAACCAGAACAUUAAUCUCUGAAUGGAAAACCUCUGAGUUUCUAGCUUCAACCGUUUUUUUUCAAGCAUGUAAACAAUGCUUAGUAACACAAACCACAAUCACGGGAGGAACGGGUGUACAUUCUGUUUGAGGAUGGAUUUCCUUUUUUAAGGCAGCAGAGAGCUUUUCUAUUGAGGUAUGAAACACUAAAUAUUGUACAACAAUAAUGCACUUAUGAGGCAGGCAGUAGUGUAGAUUGUCGUUUUACUUCAUGCAGUAAAUAAUGUGGACUGUAGACUGAGUUGAGGGUGAAACCUCCUGG